GGCAACCAAAAAAUAAAGAAUAGUACUUAGUACUUAUACAAAGUCAUCUUCCUUUAUUCUUACUACAAAGAUUUCCCCAAAAAAUGUCCUUUUUCCAAGUCCAUUAAAAUUCCCAAAACCCUAAAACUCUCUCUUAACCCUUCAAUUUAAUCUCCAAUUUCUCCAUCAAUUUCUCUUCUUUUUUUUUUUCGAUUAAGUCUCUAUGUGUUAAGUAUCUAAGUUGUAAAUAAUAAUUAUAAUUUUUGUGUGUGUUUAUGGCAUCGAAAUCGUUAGCACCAGGGUUUAGAUUUCACCCGACGGAUGAAGAAUUGGUUCGAUAUUAUUUACGUAGGAAAAUUCAUGGAAGACCUUUUAAAUCUGAUCCUAUUUCUGAGAUUGAUAUUUACAAAGUUGAACCAUGGGAUCUUCCUGGCAUGUCAAGGCUGAAAACAAGAGAUUUGGAGUGGUACUUCUUUAGUGUUCUUGAUAAGAAGUACGGUAAUGGAGCAAGGACCAACCGGGCGACAGAAAAAGGCUACUGGAAGACAACCGGAAAGGAUAGGGCUGUCCAUCGUGAUAAGUCUCACGUUGUGGGGAUGAAAAAGACUCUAGUUUAUCACAGUGGCCGUGCUCCAAGGGGUCAGAGGACUAAUUGGGUGAUGCAUGAGUACAGACUGAUUGAUGAGGAGUUAAAAAGAGUUGGAAUUCCUCAGGAUGCAUUCGUUCUAUGUAGAGUCUUCCAGAAGAGUGGUGCAGGGCCAAAGAAUGGGGAACAGUAUGGGGCACCUUUUAUUGAUGAGGAAUGGGAGGAAGAUGAGUUACAACUGCUUCCGAAGGAUGAGGCUGCUGAGGAAUUUGUAUUUGGUGAUGAUAUUUAUUUAGAUGCAAAUGAACUUGACCAGAUUCUUGGAACUGGCACUGCUGUGGCUGCUCUUCCUUUGGACUAUUCUUAUGGUGAAAAUGGAAGUACGGAGGAGACAAAUGGCUCCUCUGAUGCGCAAAACUGGCUGCAGCAACCUGACGAGCUUAAACCAAUUGAUCUUGCUGUUCCAAAGAAUUUUGGUGCUGAUCAAGUUAAUCAUGAAUAUAUUGGUGAAUCAAGCCAGAACAUGAACUCUGAAGAUGGGGAUUACUUGCUUAAUGAACCAAUUGAAAAUGUGUCUAAAGACCUCCAAUUUAAUGGUGAAGCAUUCCUCGAAGCUAAUGAUCUUUCAAAUCCUGUUGAGGUUGACAGCUCUGGUUAUGACAUGCUCAAGGAAUACCUUACUUACUUUGACGCAAAUGACGACUUCCAGAAUAUGAGUUUUGAUCCUUCAGUUUUGUUUGGAAAUGAUGAUCAAAUUUCUGAUCAAGCACUGCUGGCUGAGAAGAAUAUUGGCGAGGUAACUCAGCAACUUAAUACACCCAAUGAAGGGCUUGGUGAGGAUAAGAAUGGUUUUGCAUCUGCAUCCUCUAAACUGGCACCAACUAAAUUUGGAUCAGAUUAUCAGUAUCCAUAUAUGAAGCGGGCAAGCCAGAUGCUGGGCAAUAUUCAGGCUCCUCCAGCAUUUGCUUCAGAGUUCCCUACUGAAGAUGCAACUCUCCGUUUGAACUCAUUGGCUUGGUCAGCUAGUUCGGUGCAGCUCACUGCUGGUUUACACAUGUCUGCUGGUGGCAAUGGGACAGGAUGGCCAUUGGGCAAGCACGGGGAUUACAACAUUAUCCUAUCUUUUGGCCUGUUACGGGGUGGUAGUGACGACUCUGGUAGCAUUCAUCCAGGAAAGACAACUUCGACGGUUUCCAGAGGCUGGUUCUAUUAUCUAUUUUUUUCGUUCCUAAUGCUCUCGAUUAGCUUUAGAAUUGGAACCAUAAUCUGUUCCAGUUAAGGUUUUGGCACUACAGGAGACUUGAUCAUACCAAAGCUCGAGGUAGAUGUUAUCAUACUAAUACUAUGGUCUGUUAUUGUAUCUCAAUUAGGACUUGAUACUGCAUAGUAGUAGAACUUCCCCCUCUUUUUUUUGUUCUUCCCUUUUAUGGCGUUUUUUUUGGGUGGUACUUUAUAGAAUGUACCGUGUUGCAGUCUACUGAUUGGAUCAUAAUAAGAUUCCAGCUCUGAAGCUUUGAACA